AUGAAUGGAGAUAUAAUUAUUAGAGCUAUGUCUCAUUACCUUUUCCUAGCUCUCCCACUAUUAGUUUCCUGCUCUACAAUAUUUGUUGUAGAGGUCAGCAGACAUGGAGCAAGAACACCAGUGAGUUUUCAGCCUUGGGAUAAUGACGGAAGAUGGUCUACCUAUCAGCCAGGCGAGUUAACCCCUGAAGGGAUGAGACAGCAUUAUCUUAUAGGCGCAGAAUUACGAAACAGGUAUAUUGUCGAAACCCAGCUGCUCAAUGAAACGUUUUACCAGCCUCAAAUUAAUGCUUACUCGACUGAUGUCCAUAGAACCCUUCAAAGUGCUGAGUCCCAAAUGAUGGGAUUAUACCCACCAUCUACAGGCCCAAAUCUUCGAGUUCCACAAUUAGAAGAAACAGCAGUCCCUCCAAUUGAAGUUUAUAAUGAAACUGAAAUAAUACAAGAAUUAGGCCAAUCUGCGCUGCCAAAUAACACCCAAGUAGUUCCUGUGCAUACAGACAGCUCAGAUAGAGAGUAUUUAUUACUAGCUGACGACACCUGUGAAAGAUAUAGGUACCUUGUGAAGCUUAGAAAGAACAGCACAGACGUGCUAAACCUAAAAUCUGAAUCUGCAGGGAUUUAUCAGACCAUUAUGGCUUAUUUUAAAGUAAGCUUAGAUGAGGCAGAAAGCAUGUUUUCUGAUAUAGUAGACAGCUUAAGGUGUAAUAAUUGGUAUGGCUUUACAGUCCCUGCUGUAUUUGGCGAGUCAUUUUUUACUCAAGCUAACCUAUUAGACGACCAGCUGAAUCAGCUUGUCUCUUAUGUCCCUGAUUUAUUAUCAAGAUAUGCAGGAAGCGAUUUUCUUUCAAAUUUGUCAUAUCUUCUCAAUAACGCCAAAAAUCAAGCCAACAACCUAAAAUUCCAAUUUUAUUCAGCCCAUGAUGAUACUCUUUUAAAUAUUUUAUCAGCGCUUCAAUUGGGGAAUCUAUUGCAGCCAACAUUUGCGUCAACCUUGAUUUUUGAAUUAAUUCAAGAUGAUAAUAAUGCUGGCAUUUAUAAUGUGACGCUAACUUAUAAUGAUGUGCUUCAAGUGGUCGGAAACUGUCCUGGGACGUCGUGUCCUUUGGAAACCUUUUUAGAGUUUAUUAAUGCAAGAGCUUUUCCGAAUAUCACUGAGGCGUGCAUGAUGAAUUACGAUAAUGUUAAUUGGGGAAGCUUAACGAAAACUGAUACAAAAUCGUCAGGCAGCAGCGGUCUGGAGUGGUAUUGGUGGCUUAUUAUAGCAAUAGGCAUUUUAGCCUGCACCUGCAUUGCAGUCUUAACUGCUUUCUAUAUCAUCAAAAAAAGAAAAAAAUCAAACAAAUCAGCAUACGGAGAUCUAGAUUUCGUUGAGUCUAAAGGUGAAAAUCUAGAUUUCGUAGAGUCUAAAGCUUAA